UGAAAGUUAAUGUGAUACAACUUUAUUUCAUAUUGAUUGAAAUGGUAGGUUCGAAUGUCGGCAACCACGAAGAGUAGAAAUUCAGACUUGACGUGUGUAGUUAUAGUAUAUGGGACGUGUAGUUUAAUAAACAAAUAGUGAUCAAAGCACCGCUGCUCAAAAUUGGUUGGAAUUAUUAUUUUUUGUGAUUACAGGAUUUUUGUGAUAGUUGUGGUUAGAACAGAGCUUAGCAUGAAGUUAUUUCAACACAAUGGACUUCACUUGUUCUGUGUACAACUUCUCAUUACACUUGCUUCGUUGAACCAAGUGUUUGGUCGAAGUUUCACGGUGGACUACGACCAGAAUUGCUUCUCGAAAGAUGGAGAGUGCGUGCAGCUCGUGUCAGGCUCCAUCCAUUACUUCAGAGUCCAUCCAUCCGACUGGACGGACCGGCUCCAGAAACUCCGGUUUGCCGGAUUUAAUGCUCUCGAAACGUACAUUGAAUGGGCGAGUCACGAGCCCGAGAAAGGGACGUACGAAUUCUCAGGCAUGUACAACUUCACCGACUUCGUCCUGAAGGCUCAGCAAGAAGGACUGAUGGUCAUCAUGCGUACCGGACCGUUCAUCGAUGCUGAGAGAGACAUGGGAGGCUUGCCUUACUGGCUUCUGGCUGAGAACCCCGACAUGAAACUUCGCACCAGCGAUCCAUCCUAUCUAUCACUCGUGGACAAUUGGUUCGCAAAUCAUCUUCUGCCCAAGCUCAGGCCGCUACUGUACUCUGAAGGCGGCCCCAUUAUCAUGGUUCAGGUCGAGAAUGAGUACGGCAGCUAUGGCUGUGACUACGAAUAUACUGCGCACCUUCGGGAGCUUCUGAAGAACCAUUUAGGCGACCAGGUCCUUCUCUACACCACUGACGGCGGCAGCACCAGCUACCUCAAGUGCGGCAAGGUGCAAGAAGUUUACGCUACCGUUGAUUUUGGGACCGGAACUAACCUGACGGAGGCGUUCAGAGCGCAGCGUCUGUUUGAGCCCAGAGGUCCCCUGAUGAACUCUGAGUUCUACCCAGGAUGGCUCGACCACUGGGGCUCUCCCCACAGCACCGUGCCUGCCAAGUCGGUGUCCGACUUCAUGGACAGUAUUCUUGCGCUGGGAGCUUCGCUGAAUGUUUACGUCUUCCAUGGAGGCACCAGCUUUGGUCUCACGGCAGGCUCGAACUUGGGUGACGUGUUCCAGGCGUGCCCCACGUCGUACGACUACGACGCGCCUCUCAGCGAGGCGGGCGACAUGACGGAAAAAUACGAGCGAAUUCGGGCCGUCGUGGCCAAGUACCUCUCACUACCCUCCAUGACUCCCCCCACCAACUCGACGAAGGCCGCGUACGGUGAAGUGUUGUUAAGCCCUCAUACCAGCCUCUUCAGCGCCGCCCAAACUCUGCCCUCUGUGCCAUCAGACUCGCCAAAAACAUUUGAAUCUCUUGCUCUCUUCAACGGAGUCGUCAUCUACGAAACUGUCAUCGACUUCAUGACGACGGAUCCCGCGCUGUUGUCGUUCAAGGCCGUCAACGACAGAGGCUAUGUGUACUUGGACGGCGUCCUGGUGGGACUCCUGGCGCGGCAGCAGGAGGCGUACCAAGUGCCUGUCUUCGCCCGUCAGGGGCAGAAACUCACAGUCGUCGUUGAGAGUCAAGGGCGCGUGUGUUAUGGAUCAGGAAUAAACGAUGCCAAGGGACUCAUAGGUCCCGUGAAGCUGGGUUCAACAGAGCUCAGGAACUGGACUAACACAGCCGUGCCGCUAACGAACAUCUCUUGGAUAACACCGUCGGACGAUGCUGGAAGUGCAAUGAUGUUUUACACCGGAACCUUCAGUAUCACCGGCACGCCUUCAGACACUUUCCUGCGAGUAGACGGCUGGACUAAGGGAAUUGCCUGGGUGAAUGACUUCUGCUUGGGACGCUAUUGGCCCAUUAUGGGUCCCCAGCAGACACUCUACGUCCCCCAUGGUAUCCUCAAGACGGGGGACAACAGUAUUACCAUAUUCGAGCUGGAGAGUGCACCGGAUGGGAGUCCUGGCCACAACAUUUCUGUGGCCUUCACCAAUGUUCAUCAAAUUAAUGGACCUACACCCGACCCAUGAAAAAUGAAUAAAAGAAGGAGACGUAAUUUCUUUGAAAAUGAUUGUAUUGAUUGGUUUUACUCGCACGUAUGCGUAAUAGAAUAAUAACCACACUUUCGCAGUCGAAGUUAGGAUCUUAGUGUGUUAAAAAAUUCUGUGCAUAAUAAUUUCAUCUUGAUUGAUAUUUGCCUACUGUACCCUGUUUUCCAAUUUCUCGUGCUUCAACGAGUAUAGUGCCCUUUUCUUUUAUGUUGUGGGUUAUGCAUUGAUUAAAUACGAACGUAUUUUGCGGUAAAACAACCAAAUAGAGUUAUUUUGUAUUUAUAAAACCGCAAAGUGCUGAUUUUGUAGUUUUCCUUAAAUAAGAUAGACUACAGAUCGACUACUUUCGUUCAUAUUCCUUUCAUUGGGAAAAUGCGCUUGAGGGCGUAACAACCUAUGAAGUUGAGAGCUAAAAGCAAUAGUGCCGUGAGUACAGUGCAAUUGUUACAUUUGCUCAGGUCGACUCCAAGAAACGAUCCAAUAACAUGGUUGAAACCACGAUCCAAUACCAGGGUUGAACUAGUACGGAACUUCUCGUGGAUCAACCUUAUAUAGUUCAACCAUGAUCCAAUACAAACCUGACCGUCCCCAAACUGAGAUUCAAACUAUUGCAAGUUUUACAUAAAGCUUGUUUUAAAAUUUUUUCUGUCUGAUUUAUAUUUGACACUCAAAACUGAUAUUCA